UUUUUAAAAAAAAAAAAAAAUACUGUAAAUCAAUAACAUUGACAUUCUUAAUUCAAUAAAUCAUUCGUUCAAUAUGGAAGAAAUUAAGCUCAACAAUGAUGUAAUUGAACAAAUAAAAGGUUUUAACCAUCAAAAGUUAACCAAAGAACAAGAAUCGUUAAUUGAUAAAUUAAUAUUAAACGAAAAAUUAAAAGAAUGUUAUAAAAAAUGUGAUUUAUGUAAAGAAUGUAAACAACCUAAUACUGAUAUUGAUUGGUGUUAUUCUUGUAAUUCUAAAAAUUUUCAAAAAAAUUUUAUAAAUUGGACUAGUGGAAAUAAUGAUAUUGAUAAAUUUAUUCAAAAAAAUCAACUUUUAGCUAAAAAUAGAGAUGAAGUAAUACAAUGGAUUGAAUAUGAUAAAUUUGAAAAUAUUGAAAAUCUAUCCAAGGGAGGAUUUGGGACUAUUUAUAAAGCAAUUUGGAAAAAUCAAAAUAAGGAUUAUCCUGUUGCUUUAAAAUGUUUUUAUAAUUCACAAGAUAUGACAGCUGAACUCUUAAGAGAAGUUGAAUCUCAUGUUUUAUUGAAUCGUUCGACUUAUAUAGUUCAUUGCUAUGGUCUUACUAAAAAUUCAAAAUCAGAUGACUUUAUGAUGGUAUUGGAAUAUGCAGAAAAUGGUAGUUUAAGACAAUACCUAAAUAAUAAUUUUAAUUCAUUGAAAUGGAAUCAAAAAUUGCAAAAUUUAUUAAGUAUUGCAUGUGGUCUUAAAGCAAUUCAUAAUAUUGGAUUAAUUCAUAAUAAUCUUCAUUGUAGCAACAUAUUAAGUCAUUUACAUAAACUUACAAUUGCAGAUUUAGGAUUAUGUCAACCAGCAAAUGUAAAAUCUCAAAAUGAUAAUAUAAAAAUACAUAGAGUUUUACCAUAUGUAGCUCCUGAAGUUUUAAGAGGAGAAGAAUAUACUAAAGCAAGUGAUAUUUAUAGUUUUGGAAUUAUUGCUCAUGAAAUCUGUACAGGAAUGACUCCUUAUAACGAUAUGGCCAAUGAUGAAUUUUUAGAUAUAAAAAUUUGUCAAGGAUUGAGACCGAAAUCUAAUUAUAAAAUUCCUCAACUAAUUUUUGAUAUUAUUAAUCAAUGUUGGGAUGCAGAACCUUUAAAACGACCUAAUGCAGUUGAAUUAGAACAUUUAUUAAAUGAAUUAUACCUUAAAAUACAACAACAAAAUUCAGAUCUUAAUGAACAAAUUAAAGAAGCAAAUGAAAUUAAUUUAAAUCAAUAUCGUCUUAAUGUCAAUGACAUUGAAACGGAAUAUUCAGGUACCCUUUGAACUUUUUACAUUUAUCGUAAAUCAAUCUGAAAAUAUUUCAGAAUUGUAAAAUUUUUAGAAAUUAUUUUUUGUUGUAUAUCUACCUUUUUUUUUUA